GCUAUGAGCUCAGUAUAAAGCCGUGCUGCCUUCGUCGUCCCUCAUCUCCACAUUUCUCCAGCAACACAGAGCAACAGCUGCAGAAAUCAUUCAACGAAUCGGAGGCAAAUACCAACCGGCAAUGAACCAACAAGUGACACAGACGCGUAUUCCAGCCGCCCUGCAACAACAAAAGAGAAAAAGCACCGCAAAGUCCCAGCGAACAUGUCGCCUGGACACGGACACACCGCAAGGAGUCGUUCAUGUUGUUGGGACCACUUUGAAGACAAACCUGAGCAGGAGUGCUCCACCCAGCUCCAAGUUCUUCUCUGUGAAGUGCACCCCCAAUGUUGAGUACAGCAUCAAACCCUCACCCCCUGAGACGUCCCACCUCUCUCCCAUCCUGCUCAAUGGCAGCUCAGUGCUACUCAUCUGCAUGAAAAGGGCCAGUCAACAUGAAAACGACAGCAAGCUGUCUGUCCGGUACUAUGGAGGGGACAAAGAGGUUCUGGGGCAUGCAAUUCUACACCUGACGGCUCUUGAAAUCUCUCUGGAUGUGGAUGCUGACAGAGACGGCGUUGUGGAGAAGAACAACCCUAAUAAGGACUCCUGGACAUGGGGUCCUAAUGGCCAUGGAGCCAUCGUCUUGGUCAAUUGUGACUCAGAGCGAAAAUAUUGGAAGAAACUGGAUGCCGAACAGAAAUACAUCUCCAAAGAGUCAGAUCUGAAGGACAUGUCGCUCAUGGUGCUGCGAACCAAAGGCCCCGCUAAGCUCCCCAAGGGAUACAAGCUUACCAUGCACAUUUCUCAGAGCGACGCAGAGAGUGUCAGAGUCUUCAGGACCAAAUCCACUGGAGCAGAUGCCAUGUCAAACAUCUUCCAGAACUAUGCAACGAGGGACUACCCACUGGUGCUGAGCAGCGAGGUCCUGUCACAGGAAGUGCCUUACCUCGGAGGUGAAGCAGAGAUGAAGUUUUACGUGGAGGGCCUGAGGUUUCCUGACAAAGACUUCAAUGGCCUCAUCAGCAUCAACCUCAGUCUGUUAGAGCCCAUCAGUAAAUGUUUCCCUGAGACGCCAAUUUUCACUGACAAAGUAAUGUUUAAGGUGGCACCCUGGAUCAUGACACCCAACACCUUGAAGCCUGUUGAGGUAUUUGUGUGCAGCACAAAAGAUAACUACACUUUCCUGAAAGGAAUGAGGAACCUUGUUUCAAAUAGCGGCUACAAGCUGAAGAUUUGCCAUGAGUAUUUGAACAGAGGAGAUCGUUGGAUGCAGGAUGAGCUGGAGUUUGGUUACAUUGACUCACCUCAUCACUGGUUUCCUGUUGUUCUGGAUUCUCCUCGAGAUGGAAAACUUGAGGACUUUCCAUAUGAAGAGCUACUGGGACCCGACUUUGGCUAUGUGACGAGGGUGGCCGAGAGAAAGGACGUGAGCACCAUGGACUCGUUCGGUAAUCUGGAGGUUAGCCCUCCUGUUACUGUGAAUGGGAAAAACUACUCCCUUGGCAGGAUCAUCAUUGGAGUGGCCUUCCCUACGGCAACUAAAGGACGCAACAUGACCAAAGUAGUUCAAGACUUCCUGUGGGCUCAGCAAGUUCAGGAGCCCAUUGCCUUAUAUUCUGACUGGCUUGUCGUCGGCCAUGUUGAUGAGUUCAUGACUUUUGUUCCUGCACCUGACAGAAAGGGCUUCCGCCUGCUGCUGGCCAGCCCGGACGCAGGCUUCAAGCUAUUCAGAGAUUUACAGAAAGAUGGGCACGGACAAGCCAAACUGUUUGAUGGUCUGGAAGAUGAAGAGCCAAUAUCAGUGGAUGACAUAGUGAAUGACGACAAAUUCCAUAAUCAAAAUAUCUACGUACAGGGCUGUAUCGACUGGAACAGGGAUGUACUGAAGAGAGAACUUGGUCUGGAGGACGAGGACAUCAUCGAUCUGCCCAUAUUAUUCAAGUUGGUGGAUGACCACGGCGUGUACAGAGCAGUGGCUUACUACCCCGACAUGGUAAACAUGAUUGUUUUGGGGAAAAACCUUGGCAUCCCAAAGCCCUUUGGGCCCCGGGUGAAUGGCCGUUGCGUCUUGGAGGCUGAGAUGUGUUCCCUGAUGGAGGGCCUUGGCCUCAGCUGCACGUUCAUUGACAACUUUGCCUCCUACCACAAGCUGCUGGGAGAGGUGCACUGUGGCUCCAACGUCAUCAGGGAACCAUAUGACUUCAAGUGGUGGAACCUGGAGAUGUGAGCGGUGGACAGAGGAGGAGAAAAGUUGCUAUGCAGUAGAUUGAGAGGAGAUUUGAGUUUAUUUCAGCUUGAUGUCUUAAAAAACAUAAAAUGCUUGUUAAACUUCAGUUUUGUGUGCAAAAAUACCACAAAGGUUUGAUGUGUGUGUCUUCAAAUGCAUUAAACAUUUUUAUUGGCUUAA